CUUCAUCUUACUUAAUCUUCCUUAAAUCCUUAUUUGACAGAAAUUAUUCGAAGAUACAUUGUUUUUAUUUUUUUCAUGUGUCGUUUGACGCUUGUUUUUCUUUAUAAUACCAGUCAUUGCUGCAAUUCGACACCGACCAAUGGGCCACAUUGUUAGCGCUAGUAGUGAUAGCCUCGCUUUGAAGCCGUAAUGGCGAAAGCGUGAUUCACGUCUUUUGUGGUUAGUGCCGGAACUAUAUGGACUUAAGUGAUGUCAGCUGUGGAUUAUCUGCAGUUAAAAUUGCAUGGGUCACCGAGAUGAAGUUACUUGUCUCCAUUUCAACUGGAAUGAUUCCUAUGUAGCUUCAGGUUCCCUCACGGGUGACAUUAUUCUUCAUAAUGUCACUACUGGCCAGAGUAUUGAACUACGGAGAUCAUCUAAAACCCAGUCAAUACGAGGACUUGAAUACGGAUUCGUUAAGAAGUCUCUACUUGGCUCUAUAUCAGAUGAUGGGUCAGUGUCUCUGUGGGAUGUCAAUGCCCAUCAGCUGACACACAACUUCACUGGUGCUCACAGUGCUCCAGGAACAGGAUUGGUUUUCUCACCAAUCAACAACGUCCUGCUCUUCAGUGUGGGCUUAGACAAGAAGAUAAUUAGUUAUGAUACCCAGCUGAAAAGCUUUCUCAAGUCAUUCACUUGUGAUGAACCUUUAACAGCAGUAGAUUUUAUGGAUGAUGGAGUUACAUUAGCAGUAGGAACUAAUCAAGGAAAAAUCCAUAUGUAUGAUCUCAGACUGGCCAGUAUUCCUGUGAAAACUUGGACCGCUCAUAACUCAUCUGUUGUUUCUCUUACUUUUCAAAGCUGCUCAAGUGAAAUUCAACCAAAAGUAAGAAUACAGACUAA